GGCACUUCCUGUUGUGACUCCUCCCGCCGUUGCUCCACAGUAGCUCAUCUUUUGACAAACCGAUAGAGGACCACUGCGUUUAAACGGAUAAUUGCCCGCAGCAUCUGGAUGAUAUGAGCGCGGAUUCGAGGUGAUUCCAGAUUUGGGAACCAGGAGCUUGGCAGUGCUGAAGGAGGCCAUGGACGAGCCGUUUCCAGGCAGUCCCUGUUCGUCUGAGUCGGACAGUCCCGCAGGUCUGAACCGAGGCUGCCUCCUCGACCCCGCUGACGUCUUCUACCGUGAUCUGUCCAUCAUCGUCCCGGAAACACCCAGCCCCCAGCUCGGCAAACGGAGGAGACGUGGUUGCAUCACAGAGCAACAUUUCAGUCCUGUGGCUGUCGGCGGCUCUCCGGGACGACCGGAACUUUCCGGCGGCAGUGAACGAGGCUUUUCACGUAAAUCCAAACGCAGGCGGCUGGCUCCAGUGAUGGGAGAGCAGAGCGUCGGCUUUGUUCCGGCUUCGUCUCUCAGGGCUUUCCCUCUGAGCAACUGGCUGGAGGCCCCGCUGUCCACUGCAUCCUGUUCCUCUUCAUCCUCCUCCUCCUCCUCCUCUUCUUACCUCACGCCAGUAUCAGAGGAGGAAGUGGAAGAGGUGCCUUCUACUGUGGCGGGCUCCACAAUAGAAGCCAGUCCUGCUUGUUUGGAAUGGAGGAGGCGGCAAAGUCCAACGUCUGCAGUGGCGUCAGCAUCACCGCCGCCCGCCUCUGACGGUCUGUCCUUCCUGACUGCAGAGGAGAGGAGAUGGCUGAAUGACGAGCAGGGAGGCAGCUCAACAGCAGUGCCGGAGCAGAUCGUCAUCAGUGAUGACGACGAGGCCAUGGUUCGUGCAGCGCAGAUGGAGGAAGAUGAGGCUGUGGCUCGAAGCCUGCAGGCCCAGUUUGACCAAGAAGAGGCACAAAGCAGCCACCUGCACCAUCAUCUUCAUCAGCAGAGCCGUCACAGGUACUACUCGUACAUGGAUCCCAGACCGAUGCCUGACUUGCUGACUGCCGUCUCUCCGCUGCUCGGCUUUGAAGACGAUUUGAUUGGCCGGCGCAGAAGACCUGGGCGGGGCAGGAGGAGGAACGUCCUGCCUGAGUUUUCAGAAGACCUUCAGGGAAACGACUACGAGGCGCUGCUGGACUUCGAGGAGCGUCAGGGUGCCGUCGUGUCCAACAAGCUGAGUCGGAGGGAAAUCCAGAGGUUUCCCACCAAAACCUUCCAGUCUGCCAACAGCGCUGGAAACACUCAGUGUCAGAUCUGUUUCUGUGACUAUACUGAUGGGGAGAAGCUGAGGAUGUUGCCCUGUUUCCAUGACUACCACGUCCAGUGUAUCGACAGAUGGUUAAAGGAUAACACCACCUGUCCGAUCUGCAGAGCCAACCUGGCCGACUCCCUCGCCCCCCACGACCUCUGACCUCAGCACCUCCUCCAGGGACAGACGGGUAUUUGAGUCCUACGCCGUCGAUGUGCUGGAAGGACGACUCGUCUUUUUUUUUAUACUUUGAUUCCUCAGUCCUGAACUGACCUUGAAGCUGCUGCAGUUGCUUUCUUUCAUUGUUCAGUCUGCUGUUUGAGACUGAAGUAAUUUAAUAAAGAUGUUUUUAUUACGUUUGA